AUGUCCGGCAAAGGGCCCGCGCAGAAGUCCCAGGCGGCGAAGAAAACGGCGGGGAAGUCGCUGGGGCCGCGCUACCGGCGGCGCAAACGCACCGAGUCGUUCGCGCUGUACAUCUACAAAGUGCUGAAGCAGGUGCACCCCGAGACCGGCGUUUCCAAGAAAAGCAUGAGCAUUAUGAAUUCUUUCAUCAACGACAUCUUCGACAGACUCGCAGACGAGGCUGUGCGCCUCAUUCGCUACAACAAGAAGCGCACGCUUUCCUCCCGCGAGAUCCAGACCGCCGUGCGGCUGCUGCUGCCCGGGGAGCUCAGCAAGCACGCCGUCUCCGAGGGCACCAAGGCCGUCUCCAAGUACACCACCUCCGGCGCCUGA